AUGCUGGCAGCUGCGCUUCUAACAAGGAAUGAAGAAACCAGUACUGAUAUGUUUCCAAAUGAAAAUUUGUCAAUGUUGCUUCGAAAUUGGUACGCCUCCUCCUUGUAUUGUCUGGAACAAAGCAACUAUCUGAGGACCCACGACUAUCAAUUCGUGCAAGCCUUGGGAAUCCUGCAAAUGUGCUGCUGGGCCGUGGGGGAUUUUCAAUUUCGCUCUUUCUUGAUCAGCCAUGCAAUACGGAUUGGCAACGGGCUCGGUCUCCCGUUUCAGCAAGAUGGCAAGAGAACAGUGCUGGAGUGUGAACUGUCUCGACGAUUGUGGUGGACAUUCAUCAUCUGUGAAUGGCUCUCGAAUAUUACGCACAGAGCAAGCAUCACCCAUGACGACUUCGAUGUGACUCUCCCUCUACCUUUGGACGAUGCAGAUUUAGCCCUGGCAUCGCCUCCCUUCGAUCGUUCUCUGAACAAGAUGUCCCCUUUCGUUUAUCAUGUAAUAUUAUCACAAGCGUCCCUCGUCAUGCACAGAUUCUCACGCGAUCUCCGUCGCUACCCGGACCUUCUCGAAAAACUUGUCAGAGAUGCAGACGAGAAGUUGGCAGAGAUUAUCACGGCUUUACCAAAUCAUUUGCACCCCGACGCAGAGAGCUCGGUAGAUCUUCAACUCGCAGAAAGCCAGUUUCCAUGGGUCCACUGGCAGCGUAUAGAUCUUACCAGUCUGUUGCUCAAUUGCCGAGUUCUGGUCACUCGACAGUGUCGGCGCAAGUGGUCCAUGUCGCCAGAAAUGGCUCACGGCCCACGCGCCGUGUGCCUGGAAUCGGCGCGGAUGAUAAUAUCAAUUUUGAGUCAGACAGCACUACCACUCCACCAGAGGCGAUACUCGUCAUAUACUUUAAGACUGUACAAUGCCGGCCUGACUCUUCUCGUCGAGGGCCGUACAUCGACCAGAAUGCAAGAUUCCGAAUGGCAGCCAUACGUUAUCAAAUGCAUCGAACUCUUGGAGCAGGCUGUUGAGCUUAAUAUUGUGGCGCUAGCUGCCGUGGAGGCUUUGAGGAAGAUGCAAGAUGCCGAGACUUUUUCAGAGUCGUAG